AGAGAGAGAGAGAGAGCAGCCUUCUCGUUUCUUCCCUUCUUCCUUUCUCUCUGCAUAAAUAAAAAAUGAAAUUCAGAAAGAAACAAAAAAAGUUGUGAAGUGCAUGCCUCUGUCACUUUCCACCAAUUCUGACGAUAAAUUAUUAGUUUCUUUCUGUUUUGUGUAGAGAAUCCAAGGAAGCUUCACCUGAGCUGGCGACUUGUUCACCUUAAAGGCCGUUCUGUUAUUUUUGUGGCUGCAUUUUCCUUCCGCUCUUAUUCACCGUCCACCCUUGAAGCUGUUGAUUCGGUCCCGUUUUAGAUUUGGAUAACGUGCCCAAGCUUGAAGCUUCCUUCAGUGCAUCACAUAUUCCAACCACUUCGUCAGGCAGAGAAAGAGGAUAUGGGGCUAUAUGUCCUAACAAUUGGACCGUUGCAAAAUCUUUCAUCGAUGAAGGUCACAGUGCCUUGACUGCAGUCUCCAGAAAUUACUUGUUCACUCCAGUGGCUAGUUUGUAAGAAUCUCAACAUACUUGGUAUUCUGUUACUCCAUUGGAGCAUCUCAAACCAGACAAAGGCUCUCUAGCUCCUAUGCUUCUUCGCUGUUGCCUGCGAACACAAUGUUUCGGUACUUAUAUUUGUACACCCUGAACUUUUGUCUCUUAUAGAAUAGUUACAUCUGGGCACAUGAAAAAAUUGCAUUCAUCAUUGACCUUGAUCAGCAUCGAGUAUUAUUUAGGUUUGAACGAAAACUAGUCACUGAAUUAUCCUUAAUUUUACAGAAUACUAGUGUGUUUCAUCUUUAAUCUUUUUUCACAUCCCAAGAAAUAUGUGUUCCUAUUUAUUUCAUCUUUAAUCUUUUUUAAUCUCUUGCUCAACUUUUGAAUGCGUGGAGUGGGACUAACACUUACCUUACAAGUUGCAACAGGUUUACUACAAAGGCUUAUCUCUUAUGCCAAUAAUUUAAGAGGAAUUAAGAAACUACAAGAGCUGAAGUUGCUGCAUGCUCUAGCGGUUAACAUUCUUCCCCUAGUUUGCAUGAAUGCCAGGAAGUGUGAUCAAGUGAAUGCUUCUGCAGAUGCUCUGUUUCGUGCAGAUAAAGAAGGGAAUAUUGAGUUUGUGUUUCAGGUAUCAAAAGCAAACCCAGAAAUUAUGCUUAUUGGGGACAGCUCAUUUCGAAACAUUUUCUGCUGUGCUGUUAAUUGCCAACAAGCUAGGGUUUUUAGCCUCAUUCAUGGGCUUCGCUUGAAGGAUGUAAUAGCUACAAGCAAAGAUGGACAUGGAAAUGCCUUGCUCCAUAUGGCAGCUACACAGGCUCCUGCUUCAUCUCUUAACCACAUCUAUGGACCAACACUACAAAUGCAAAGAGAAUUGCAAUGGUUCAAGGAGGUGGAGAGUAUAAUACUCUAGCUAAUAGAGUAGUUCAAAACAAGGAAGGCUUGACAGCUGAGGAAUUACUUAAUGAAGGAAGGAGAAAAUUGGAUAAAGGACACAUAAUCCUCUUGUUCUCUUAUUCUGUUGUGUUGUAGGCAUUCUAAUUGUCACAAUCAUGUUUGCUGCAGCUUUUACUGUUCCAGGAGGAAAUGAUAAAAAUUUUGGAUUUCCAUUAUUGUUGAAACAACCUAUUCUUGAAAUUUUCAUAUUCUCAGCUAUAUUAUUUCUCCUAUCUUCUUCAACUUUUGUUCUAAUGUUUUUAGCAAUCCUUACCUCUCACAGCUCAGAGGAAAAAUUCCUCAAAUCCUUACCCAUAAAGUUGAUUUUAGGUCUCUCCUUACUUCGUAUCUCCAUUGUAACCAUGAUAAUAGCAUUUCUCUCUACCAUUCACCUCAUGCUGAAGCAUGCAAAGUACUUGUGGGAGUCUCCUUUUUAUUAUACUUGCAAGUGUUCCAAUAUUCCUCUUUGUACUGUCUCAAUUCCCUCUUCUUCUUCAUACUGAUAGGGGUAUCUUUAACAAGAAAGUGGAGAUGUGGCCAUGAAAAUGUACAAGUAAUUGAUAUCCCAUUAUGUGAAUACUAGUUAUUGUGACUUUUAAAAACUGUUGGUUGUAUAGUUCUGAGACAAAAAAUACGUUGUAUCAUUCAAGACAGGCAAACUAACUGGAAGGUGGAUUUUUGUGUUAAAGUUGGAAUAUAUCCUCCUGCUAUUGUUGAGGUUUGAUAUGUUGGACUGGAUUUCAGCUGGAGAGAAGGUUUUGGACGUGUGAAGGUUUACCGCAGCAGCACCAAUUCACCAAAGCAACCAGAUUAUGCAUCAAAGAUCAUCAUAGACGUCACCUUUACUGAGAUAAUUAUCGCAUAUACAAUUAGUGUCCUCAAUAAGGACUGUCAUGUAUCAUUAGACUGUGUAUAGAGGUGUAAUUGAUAGUGUUUAUUCUUUAGCUAGGAUGGGACUUGAGAAUGAAGCUAAUUUUCGGGUGGUUGAUCGUCUACCAACUUGUUGAUUGGAGGUGGUAAAUGAUGAGAGAUUAGUUCAUUUUUAGGUUGUAUUCUGUUUGUAUAAUUGUAUUUCUGUUUUGAAUGAUAAAUCCAGUCUUCAUUCAAAAGGAACAUGACUUAUAGAUGGAUAGAUAGUUGAGCUGUUUCCUUGUCA